UCAAUAAAACUGGAACUUUUGAUGUUAAAUGUUCUUUAACUUGAACUUGGACUUUGACUUGUAACAGAGUAUUUGUACACAGUAGUAAGUAUUACUACUACUACGGUAGUAUUACUGUUAGUGUACUGUUAGUGUACAGAGUGUAUUUAUUACUAUCACCAUGUGAGUACCACCUGACUGAUCGAUGCUCUCUCACACACACACUGCUGUCAACGCACAGACAGCACUAAUCGAUCGAGCCCAGCAGUCGAUCCCAGAGAGGUCGAUCCGUGACUUCUCAUCAUCCGAACCGGAAGACAGGUUUCAGUGUGACGCAGGGUCCGACCCGGAGCUUUCAGUCUUUCAGUCAUGGUCUUCGAGUCUCUGGUCAGCGACCUGCUCAACAGGUUCAUCGGAGACUACGUGGAGAACCUGGACAAGUCGCAGCUGAAGAUCGGGAUCUGGGGAGGAAAUGUUGUCCUGGAGAACCUGAAAGUGAAGGAGAACGCUUUGAGUGAGUUUGAUGUUCCAUUCAAAGUGAAGGCCGGACAGAUCGGGAAGCUGACGUUGAAGAUUCCCUGGAAGAAUCUCUACAACGAUGCCGUGGUCGCCACGUUGGACGGUCUGUACCUGCUGGUCGUCCCCGGAGCCACGAUAAAGUACGAUGCGGCGAAAGAGGAGCGCUACCAGCAGGAGACCAAGCAGAAGGAGCUGCAACGCAUCGAGGAGGCGCUACAGAUGGCUGCAUGCAGAGCGUCUCAAACUGGAGAUCUGCUGUUCGGCCUGGAGAGUGUUGUUUACCGGGAGCCUCACAACGUCCCCAAAGGAAGUAAGAAACAUAAAAACCCUAAAAAAGGUUUGAAGAAGCUGAAACGGCACGACAACAGAGCAGAAAAGCCUCAGGAGGAGAAGAAGGACUCGUUUGCGGAGAAACUGGCGACUCAGGUGAUCAAAAACCUGCAGGUGAAGAUCAGCAGCAUCCACCUGCGCUACGAGGACGACCUGUCAGACCCACAGCGCCCCCUCUCUGUGGGAGUCACCCUGUCAGAGCUCAGCCUGCAGACCACCGAUGAAAACUGGAAGUCUUGCAUCCUGAACGAAGCAGCAAAGAUCAUCUAUAAGCUCGGCCGUCUGGACUGUCUCUGCGCCUACUGGAACGUCAACAGUCCCAUCUUUUACAAAGGAUCAUGGGAAGACAUCGUGAAUCAGUUGAAGUGUGGGAUCAGCAGUAAAGAUCAGGAGCUUCCUCACUAUCAGUACAUUUUCAAGCCGAUCUUCGCUUCGGCUAAAAUGUGCAUCAACCCGAACGCCGAGCUGGAGCUGAAGACGCCGAAAGCAAACCUCCACCUGGAGGUCCAGAACAUCGCCAUAGAGAUGACCAAACCACAGUACCUGACCAUGGUGGAGCUGCUGGAGUCCAUCGACUGCAUGGUGAAGAACGCCCCCUACAGGAAGUUCAGGCCGGAGGCCCCCGUCCACCGCAACGCCAAACUCUGGUGGCGGUACGGCUUCAACAGCAUUCUGGAGGUCCACAUCAGACGCUUCAGUCGCAUGUGGACCUGGUCCAGCAUCAGACGGCACCGAGAGAACCUGAAGGCCUACAAGGCCGCCUACAAGGCCAAACUGCUGAGCCAGAGCAAGCCGAGCCAGGACAACGAUCGACACAUCCAGGAUCUGGAGAAAGUUCUGGACGUCUUCAACAUCACGUUAACCCGCCAGCAGGCCCACAUGGAGGUGAUCAGGUCUGGACAGAAGGUGGUGGGGAAGAAGGCGGCGGGGGGUCAGAAGCAGGGAGGAGGAGGAGGUUUCUUCAGCAGCUUGUUCGGUAGAAAGGCCAAGAAGGAGGAGCAGGAGCCGGAGGAGAUCAAGGAGAUGGAGAGUUCGGGGUUAGACGAGCUCAUGACGGCCGAGGAGAAAGAAAAGCUCUACACUGCGAUCGGCUACAGCGGCAGCUCUCACAACCUGACUUUACCCAAACAGUACGUGGCGGUGGUCGUCACAUUCCAGCUGUUCAGGACCUCGGUGACGGUCAGAGAGCAGCCGGACGUCCCAGAGAUCCUCAAAGUCCAGAUGAUCGACCUCAGCACCAAAAUAUCUCAGAGACCUGGAGCUCAGGCCUUCAGGGUGGAGGCGGCGUUGGAGCACUGGUUUGUUACAGGUCUACAGCAGCAGAGCGAGGUACCUUCACUCAUCGCCACCGUUGGAGACUCGUCCUCCUCUCUGCUCAGCUUCGUGUUCGAGUUAAACCCCGAGGAGAGCGCCGCCGACCAGCUGCUCAGAGUCCACUCUCAGCCUGUCGAGAUCAUCUACGACGCGCUGACGGUGAACAGUAUGGCCGACUUCUUCAAGACGGGGAAAGGUCUCGAUCUGGAGGUCCUGACCUCGGCCACGCUCUCCAAACUGGAGGAGAUCAAAGAUAAAACUGCCACAGGUUUGUCUCACAUCAUUGAGACCAGGAAGGUCCUGGACAUGAGGAUUGACCUGAAGCCGUCCUACCUGCUCAUACCAAAGUCUGGUUUCUACAGCGACAAGUCGGACCUCAUCAUCGUAGACUUCGGCAGCCUACAGUUGAACAGUGUUGAGCAGAGUGGUUCGUCUUCAUCCUCCUUCUCCUCUCUGGAGGAAAUCAUGGAUCGAGCUUAUGAGAGAUACAACGUGGAGCUACGACGAGUCCAGGUGCUCUACAGCAAAUCAGGUGAGGCGUGGAAGUCAGCUAGGCUGCAGGGUUCAUCAGUCCAACACAUCCUCCAGCCAAUGGACUUCACUGUCCAGCUGGCCAAGUGCAUGGUGGAGAAGGACGCCAGGAUGCCCAGGUUCAAGGUGUCGGGGGAGCUGCCGCUGCUGCACGUUAAGAUCUCAGACCAGAAGAUCCACAAUGUUCUGGAUCUGGUCGACAGCAUCCCGCUGCCCAACAUGGGCUCACCCCCUUCGACCCCCACAGAGAAGGUGCUGUCCUUGGCCGAGGCCAGACCGCGAGCGCUCAGCCUUCACAACGCCCUCCUGAACACCUUGGAAACAGAUUCAGAUGAAGACACCAGUGAGAAGUCGACAGAUGAAGAUCACCAGCGCUCGGCUCUGGAGGAACUCAUCGACCUUCACUUCAAGUUUGAAGUCAAAGAGGUGCUGUUGGAGCUGACCCGGCAGGUGGACCAGGAGAAGACCGUCCUGUCCCUCAGCGUCUGCCAGCUGGGAGCCGAAGGGAAGACGCGGAGCUUCGACAUGAGUAUCACUUCAUACCUGCGCAGAGUCACGCUCGACUACUGUGACGUACCAGGUAACAUAUAGCUGACUGAUGUCAACAUC